UAGUGACGUCAUAUGUUGGUGACACUGCUGGCGGGCCGGCGGACUCUUGGGGGUCCUGCAGAUUGAGUUGCUGACAGAGCUCCGCAGCUAUGGCCUCCGCUGGGGUUGUCCCCGGACGACAGGCGGAGGAUGCGUUACCACCGCCAUCCGAGUCACCGCUGCCCGAGACCAAGCCGCUGCCCACUCCUCAGCCGCCGCCACCAGUUGCCGCGCCCCCACCGCAGCAGUCGCCGGCGCCACGGCCUCAGUCGCCGGCCGGCGUGAAGGAGGAAGAGAACUACUCCUUUUUACCUUUGGUUCACAACAUUAUCAAAUGCAUGGACAAAGACAGCCCUGAUGUCCACCAGGACCUGAAUGCCCUCAAAACCAAAUUCCAGGAGAUGCGCAGACUCAUCAGCACCAUGCCUGGCAUCCAGCUGAGCCCUGAGCAGCAGCAGCAGCAGCUGCACAACCUGCGGGAGCAAGUCAGGACUAAGAACGAACUUCUGCAGAAAUACAAGAGCCUCUGCAUGUUUGAGAUCCCCAAGGAGUAGAGCAAGACAACCUCCAGGACUGCCUGAGAAAGGAGGAGGGAGCCAGCGACCUUGCCAGCUCCCCACUCUCUCACUGGCUCUGCUCAUUUAACCCCAGCUCUGAACUGUAGACAAGUGGGGCUGGUGUGGUGGUUCAUUAACUGAAUUUGGUCUUGGCUGUGUGGGCCUUGGCCUCUGGCUUGUAUGUGUACGUGUGUCUUGUGCAUCCUGACUCUUGAGUGGCUACAGGAAAGAAUCUUCUGAGGCAAGGGAUGGGGAGGACGCCACCCUGUCUCUGGGGAGGGCCACUGCUGUGCCCCUCUGAAAGGCACUGUAGGGGAGGAGCAGCUCCUGCUGUCUCCUGCCCUUGGCUCCUCCCACCACACUUAUCAUCAUGGUGUAUCGGGCACCUUCUGUUCUCAUUAGCAGCAGUUUUAUGAAGCAUUUGCAUAGAACUCACUGCUUGAGUUAGGUCUGCACUUGUAUGGCAUGCAUUUAAGAAAAUUAAAGAAGGUUGUGAAAAAUGAA